AAAAACCUAAGAAUAAAAAAACCAAAAGAAAAAUAUAUUUCUAAAGAAGUCAGAAAGAGAUUUUGUUGUCACAAUUUUCCUUUUCUGUUUAUUUUAUGUUAACAUGAUUUAAUUGAACAAAAAUCAUGUAAACAUGAAUCUCAGACCACAGUAAAAUAUAACAUUUGUCUUAGUGUUUUGACACAGCAUUUCUAAAUACAGAUAAUGAUUAAUGAUGUAACAUGUCAUGUAUUCUUUAUGUAUUUGAAGUGUGAUAAAAAUGACUCUGGAUCAGUCCUGGUGUCACAGACAGGCCUCGGGGCUUCAAACCUCAGAAAGUCCUUUUGGCUCUCAGCUGAAUUCCUCUGACACACUUUAACAACUAUAAGUCAAAGGUCAGAGGUCAUAUGAUUUGGUAAUGACAAUGCUGAAUAACCACAUCACUGAUUAGGUAUUGUAGUAACAACUCAGACUGUUAUAAUUAUUUAGUUAAUAAUACGGGUUCAAGAUGUUGUUUCAGGUUGUUUGUGGUUCAAUUUCUUGCGUAGGUUGUAAAUGUGGCAGCUUUAGUCUUUCCUGUCUUUUUAAAAAGAGUUUUGUUACCGUCCACAUUCAGGAUGAUGAACAUUUCACUGAUGGUGCUGGUGUGGCACUGGUAUCUCCCCUCAUCCUGAAUGUUCACCUCUGUCAGCUGGAGUGAGGCGUUUCCUCUGGAGUGUCAUGAUCCUGGGCCAUGUUGGCCCAGCAUUCUUGGUUCUCUUGUAUUUUUUGGUAUGUUGUUCUGUGUUUAGGCCAUGGUUCCUGCCCUGUUAUAUUGUUCCUUAUGUGUUUUCCCCCUUGUGGCUCUUACCCCCUGUGUGCCCCUCUGUGUAUCUGAGCCCUCCUCUCUCCUUGUGUUUUAUUCCAUGUUUUCCCCAGCCCGUUAUGUCUGUGCUCUCCCCGUGCUCUCUCGCCUCCUGUCUGAACCUCUGUGCACUUCCUGUUUUGCUUUGACAGUCCCUCGUCAGCAUCCGUCAUGUUGUGUUCACUCCUGCCCUGUCUCGUUAUGAUUAUCAGUGUCACCUGUGUUCCCCGUGUGCUCCCACUCCCCUCGUUAACCCUCUGUGUAUUUAGGUCUGCGUCUCCCUCAGCUCUGUGUCGCGUUCUCCCUCAUACAUGGCCGUGUGUUUCCCCGUGCAAUAUGUUUAGUUUCCAGUUUAGUUUGUAUGGUCUUCCUGUCCAGCAAUAAAGCUGCGUUUUGAGUUCAUUCCUGCCUCCGCGAGCUUGCGUUUGGGUCCACUUCCUGCCUGCCACACAGCCGGUCCAUGACAGAAGAACGCGACCCCGACAUGGACCCAGCAGCUCACAAUCCCUCCGCUGAACUCCGCGAGGAUUUAAUUUACACGGUGGAGUAUCACUGUCAGGAGUGGGUAGCGCUGCCAGGGGAAGAGUAUCGGGAGACCGUAGCCAUCCGUUUACAGCGGAUGGUGUCCGGGCUCCCAUGGCUAUUCGGCGCGCUACACCCCCACAUCCAGGACUUCCUCAUCUCCACCGUACGCAUCCGCCCGGAGCUGCCGCUCCAAUAUGAAGAGCUGGAGGACGUUCAGCCCGGUCCGCUGGAGGAUUUGCGGCCUGGCUCAUCUCCUCCCCCUUCCCGGAGAAAACGGCGUUCACGCUGUUGGCGUUCCCGAGCAGCGGAGCAGCUUUCUUCCUUUGGUGAGAGUGAUCGUGUUUCUCACAUUCUGCUCGAGCAUUCAGCUCCCAGGCUUUCUGACGUUGCACCCUCUGUGAGUAAGACUGUGCUUCCCUCCGCGGACUUUGAUAAACCUGAAUCUGUAGAUUGGGACUCAGCAGACUUGAAGCGUCAGGGUUCUAAGGCAGUUAACUCUGUAGCAUCUGUUUCUGUGCCUGUUGUUCCUCUGAGUAAAUCCAGUGUUAAUGAGCGAGCAAGUGAUACUUCUGUUCUGCCUAAACCUGGUAAUAUAGAGACAAUUAGCCAUGCAGCUACUCAUAGCGACUGUCUUACCUGUUCACCUGCUCUGUCACCAGAAAUCUAUGACAGCGACCGAAUGGGCUCUGUUAAGUGUUGUGUUCCACGGUCUGACCAUUUGAACUCUGUGCACCAAGCAUCUCGCUCAGUCUCCACAAAGAAUGUUCAGGAAGCUCCUCACGAAACAACUUUUUGUGUUCUUUCCUAUGGGACUGCCACUCAAACCUGGGAAUGUGCUGUGCCUCAGCUGGUGAAUGUAAAUGGCGACAGAGUGCCACCUGCCAUAGUUAAACUAGCUAAAAGGUUUGGACUGAGUGCUUCAGAACUACUGAAUCAGGUUGAGUUUUGUGUUCCGCAGUCAUUCAUAUGUAAACCAGCUCACCAUGCCUGUGUGCCAGUCCCUGUUAACACUGAGUUUACACCUCAAAAGACUGUGGUUGAAAUUGUUACACCUCUGGACUAUGCAGCCCACCAGCCAGUUCAUUCUGAGUUGGUCUGUGAAGACGCACCUGCUUCUGUAAUCACCCAUUCUGAGCCGAGAGUUACUGACCCAGAGUUUGCUAAGCCUGAAUCUGUCCCCAUAAUGACUGUGUUAAAGGCUGCUACUUAUGACAUGGACAACUUAUAUACUGCAGAGUUGCUAGAAUCAGCCCACCAUAAGUCGCGGCUUGCUGAAACUAUGUUUGGCACCAUCAAUCUUGUUCACCCAGUGACUGUUACUGCUCCUAUGCUCCGCUCGCCACCUCCAGUUCCUAUACCCAGGGCAGCGCGGGCCCAGCUUUCCCUUGCACCCGUAUCAGUUCCUCGGGUGAGGGUGGCUGAGGUCCAGCUGGUCCCUGCUCCUGUCUCCAGCCUGGCAGAGGCUCCGUUCAUCCCUGCACCCGUACCUGCUCCUCGGGUGGGGUUGAUGGACACCCAGCCGUCGCCUGUGCCUGUUCCGGUUCCCCGGGUGAGGUCAGCUGUGACCCUGCCGACUCCUGCACCCGUCUCAGUUCCUCGGGUGGGAGCGGCAGAAGUCCAGCUAGUUCCUGCACCUACACCGGCCCCCAGGGUUAAGGCUGCAAGAGCCCAGUUCGUCCCUGCACCCGUAUCUGUUCCUCGGGUGGGGAUGGCUGGUGUUCGGCCAGGCCCUGCCCCCGUUCCUGCCCCCCGGAGGAGAGCAGCCAAGAGUCAGACACCUGCUGAGUCACCAGCUCAACUACCUGCUGAUCCACCAUCACUGCAACCACCGCUACAACUUGCACUUUUGUCCAUAGCGCAGUCAUUAGCUCAGUUAUUAGCACAGUUUCCUGUUUUGUCACCAGCUCAGUCUCUUGCACAGUUAUCAGCUCCAUUACCUGUUCAGUCAUUCGCUCUGUUGCCACCUCAGUUUCUUGCUCCAUCGCCUGUUCAGUUAUCAGCUCAGUCAUUAACUCUGUCACCAGCUCAGUUAGUGGCUCUGCAACCCGUUCAGUUACUGCCACCCUCUGCUAGAAGCUCUUGUGAGUCCACUCAGCCAGCUGAGGACUGCGUGGUGCUGACAAAGCUUGGACAGACUGUUUGCACUGCACAGCCCCAGCCGUUGCAUCCCAAGCCGACUGCGUGCCCUGUGCAGCUACAGUUAGCGUCCACUGAGCCAGAGGUCUCCGCACCUGCUGGCUCUCCACCUCUUCUCGCUGGCGGUUCAGGAGAACCGCUCCAGCCAUCCCUGGUCUCCGCUGGCGGCUCUGGUCAGCCCAGCCAGCACCUCCUCGUCUCCGCUGAGGGUUCAGGAGGACCUCUCCAGCCGCUCCUCGUCUCCGUUGGCGGCUCUGGUCAGCCCGGCCAGCACCUCCUCGUCUCCGCUGGGGGUUCAGGAGAACCUCUCCAGCCGCUCCUCGUCUCCACUGGCGGCUCUGGUCAGCCCGGCCAGCACCUCCUCGUCUCCGCUGGGGGUUCGGGAGAACCUCUCCAGCCGCUCUUCGUCUCCGCUGGGGGUGCGGGAGAACCUCUCCAGCCGCUCCUCGUUUCCGCUGGAGGGUCCAAUUCACCGUCGCCUGGUCCAGCCUCUGCAUCUGCUUCUGCUCCGCCUACGCCGUCGUCUGGUCCGGCUUCUGCUUCUGCUCCGCCUGGUCCAGCUCCGGCUUCUGCUUCUGCUCCGCCUACGCCGUCGUCUGGUCCGGCUUCAGCUUCGCCGUCGCCUGGUCAGGCCUCUGCUUCAGCUUCGCCGUCGCCUGGUCCGGCCUCUGCUUCAGCUUCGUCGUCGCCUGGUCCGGCUUCUGCGUCGCCUACGCCGGCUCCGGCUUCUGCUUCUGCUCCGCCUACGCCGUCGCCCGGUCCCACCAAGCCACCGUCUGGUCCCACCUCGUCUGGUCCUGUACCCACCAAGCCUCGACCAGCGCGCCCGAUGCUUGAGAGCCGCCGUCUUCCACGCGGCCGGCCUCCGGACCCGCUCUGCAGCCGCCGCCGUCUUCCACGCGGCCGGCCUCGGGACCCGCUCUGCAGCCGCCGCCGUCUUCCACGCGGCCGGCCUCCGGACCCGCUCUGCAGCCGCUGCCACUUCUCACGUGGCCGGCCCCCGGAACAGCCGGACUAUGAACUGUCGUGCUGUCGCCCCUCGGGUCGACCUUCUGUUCCCUAUGGACGCUGCUUCCCUGGACUCCAAAAUCUUUUGUUUUGAACUGUUCUUGUGUAUUUGUGACCUCAGUUUUUGGUAUCAUGCUCCUUGUGUUUCGUUUGGUUUCGGUCCCGCCGUCCUG